UGGGGGUGGGGUGGGGGGUGUGUGUGGGAAAAGCCAAGCGAUGGAUCUUCCCUGCUCUUGACAACACUCACCCCUUCAGGACUAAGUCUGCACUAGAGGAAAAUAACUGCGAGGGGAAACCACUAAUCACACCUCCGUGCGGGAGCGAACGCCGGGGAGCAGCGAGUGCCGCCAGCCCCAGGAUACUCCCUGCCUCCAACCUGAAGUGAUUCCUCCUGGGUCGGUGCAGUCGCCCCUGCAGUUCACCUUUGCCUGCAGUUAACAAGCGUGCAAUUUGGGUUUGAUGGAGCUGGGUUUAUUGUUCCUCUUUGGACUUACAAUUACGUCGACUGCAGGGUCGGCGCUGCCCCGGCCCCGGCCCCGCUCCCUGCCGCUGGCGGCCGGCGGCGAGGCGCGCUCGGCGGCGCUGGGGCAGAAGGAGCGGGAGGAGAGCGAAGCGGCGGUGCCGGCCGGCGGCAGGGCCAAGGCGGACGGCGGGGGGCUGCGGCGCCGAGCCCGGCGCUGCACUUGCUACACCUACAAGGACAAGGAGUGCGUCUACUACUGCCACCUCGACAUCAUCUGGAUCAACACCCCGGAGAGGACUGUGCCGUAUGGGCUGUCUAACUACAGAGGCAGUUUUAGAGGCAAAAGGUCUACAGGGCAAAUUCAAAGUACUUCGCAGUCUUCAUUUCGGUGUUCUUGUUUGGAUGCUCACGACAAACAGUGUAUGCAGUUUUGCAGAAGAAUGCAAGACAGAAGAUACGACGGACCAAUGAAAAAGACAGAAGAGAAAGACCAAUGCAGGGAAGAGGAACACACUUUCCUUCAGUAGCAGACAGAGCUCAGAGGAUUCCAAACAGUCAGCUUUAACGUUUAUUUGCUGAAGCUCAGAAGCAAGAACUUAAACUCUUCCUUUAGAUGGACAAACUUGAUGCUUCAGUCUGAUGCCAGUGGAGAAUUCAGCAACAUGC